CGACAUUCUGCAGACAAAGAUGGCGGUGCGGAAGAAAGACGGCGGCCCGAACGUAAAAUAUUUCGAAGCGUCUGAUACAGUCUCGCAGUUCGACAAUGUCCGCGUUUGGUUGGGCAAGAAUUAUAAAAAGUACAUCCAGGCGGAGCCCCCCACCAACAAGUCUCUGUCCAGCCUGGUGGUCCAGCUGCUGCAGUUUCAGGAGGAGGUGUUCGGACGACAUGUCAGCAACCCACCUCUCACCAGGUUGCCGACGAAGAGUUUCCUGGACUUUAAGUCUGGUGGGGCUCUAUGCCACAUUCUGGCUGCAGCCUACAAGUUCAAGAGCGAUCAGGGCUGGCGCAGGUUUGACUUUCAGAAUCCUUCUCGGAUGGACCGCAAUGUGGAGAUGUUCAUGACUAUCGAGAAAUCUCUAGUACAGAACAACUGUCUGAGUCGACCAGUGAUCUACCUGAGCUCUGACAUUGAGGCCAAGCUACUGGGGAAACUGAAGGACAUCAUCAAGAGGCACCAGGGCUCAGUGACUGAAGACAAGACGUCCAGCUCCCAUGUGGUGGUUCCCAUCCCUGCCAGUCUGGAGGAGGAGGAGUGGGUGCGUCUGGUAAUGAAGAGAGACAAGCAGGUGCUGCUCCACUGGGGAUACUAUCCUGACAGCUAUGACACCUGGAUCUCAGCCAGUGAGGUGGAGGCUGCUGUGGAAGAAGCGCCCAGCCCAGAGAAACCCAGGAAGGUCCAUGCCAAGUGGAUCCUGGACCUUGACCAGUUUAAUGAGUGGAUGAAUGAGGAGGACUAUGAGGUUGGGGAGGGGGGCCCCAAGAGAAAGAGAAUCUCAGCCAAGACCCUGACGGAUGAGGUCACCACCCCAGGGGACGAGCGUCGUGACAAGAAGCCCGGCAGUGCCAAGAAGAGGAAGCGCUCACCCUCCCCCUCGCCCACCCCACCACCCCAGGAGAGCAAGAAGAAGAACACAAAGAAAGGGUGUGGGCCCACCACCCCGUACACUAAGUCUAAGCGAGGCCAGAGAGAGGAGGAGCCGGAGGAUCUGACUAAAGAUCUGGAUGAACCAUCACCUGUACCUGCAGUGGAGGAGGUCACCCUACCUAAGACAGCCAACACUAAGAAAGACUCUGAGUCAACACCAGUAAAGGGAGGUACCAUGACAGACCUGGAUGAGCAAGAGGAUGAAUCCAUGGAAACUGCAGGAAAGGAGGAGGAGGAGGGCUCUCCGAGUGUGAAGGGAGAGCCGGUGAAAGGGUCGGACCUUCAUGAGGACAACGUGACCGAGCAGACCCACCACAUCAUUAUCCCCAGCUAUGCUGCCUGGUUCGACUACAACAGUGUCCAUGCUAUUGAGCGUAGAGCCCUCCCAGAGUUUUUCAACGGCAAGAACAAAUCCAAAACCCCUGAGAUUUACCUGGCCUACAGGAACUUCAUGAUAGACACUUACAGGCUGAACCCGCAGGAGUACCUUACCUCUACCGCCUGUCGUAGGAACCUGGCCGGAGACGUGUGCGCCAUCAUGAGGGUGCAUGCGUUCCUGGAGCAGUGGGGUCUGAUCAACUACCAGGUGGACUCAGAGAGCCGGCCCACCCCCAUGGGCCCCCCGCCCACCUCCCACUUCCACGUCCUGGCUGACACCCCCUCCAGCCUGGUGCCCCUGCAGCCCAAGGCCUCCCAGACUCCGGCGGCCCAGCAGAUUCUGUCCUUCCCAGACAAGGUGAAGGAGAAGCAGCCAGCCGACCUGCAGAACUUUGGCCUGAGGACAGACAUGUACAGCAAGAAGACUGGGCCUCCUAAGAGUAAGACUGCUGCCAGCGCCAUGCGAGACUGGACCGAACAGGAGACACUACUGCUGCUAGAGGGUCUAGAGAUGUACAAGGAUGACUGGAACAAGGUGUCGGAGCACGUGGGCUCACGUACCCAGGACGAGUGUAUCCUGCACUUCCUGCGUCUGCCCAUCGAGGACCCAUACCUGGAGGACACGUCCUCGUCCCUGGGCCCCCUGGCCUACCAGCCCGUCCCCUUCAGCCAGGCAGGCAACCCUGUCAUGAGCACCGUGGCCUUCCUGGCCUCCGUGGUGGACCCCCGCGUGGCCUCCGCAGCCGCCAAAUCUGCCCUGGAGGAGUUUUCCCGUAUGAAGGAGGAGGUCCCAGCAGCACUGGUGGAGGCCCAUGUGAGGAGGGUGGAAGAGGCGGCGCGGACCAGUGGCAGACAGGACCCCCUCUAUGGCCUGGAAGGCAGCGGCAUCGCAGGCACCAGCCUGGAGGAGGGAGAAAAACCUGAAGAGAGCAGUGAGGAGAGUAAAAGUGACAGCCAAUCCAGUGAAGAGAAGAGGGAGACCAAGGAGAACAAAGAGGGAGCCAUGGAAGAGGGGGAGAAGCAAGGAGAAAACGGGAAGAAGGAGGAGGAGAGAGGAAGAGAGGGAGAAGGAGAGGGAGAGCAAGAGGCUGAGAAGACCGACUCGGAGAUGGGUGAUGGAGAGAAGGAUAAGGAAGGGAAGGAGGGCUCGGAGGAGAGCCAGAGAGAAGGAGAGAGUGAGGGAGAGAGGAAGGCUAAGGUGGAGCGGGAUGUGGGAGAGGGGAACCUGGCUACCGCAGCUGCCUCUGCCCUAGCUGCUGCUGCCGUCAAAGCCAAGCACCUGGCUGCUGUGGAGGAGAGGAAGAUCAAGUCUCUAGUGGCUCUGCUGGUGGAGACUCAGAUGAAGAAGCUGGAGAUCAAACUUAGACACUUUGAAGAGCUGGAGACCAUCAUGGACCGAGAGAGGGAGGCGUUGGAGUACCAGAGGCAGCAGCUGCUGGCAGACCGUCAGUCGUUCCACAUGGAGCAGCUGAAAUAUGCAGAGAUGAGGGCGCGUCAGCAGCACUUCCAACAGAUCCAGCAGCACAGCCAGACUGGAGGCCCACACUCCGCCACGGCCCCCACUGGCCCCCCACCCCCACCCCAGGGCCCCUCAGCCACCCAGUCCCAGCCAACCCUCAGUACCCCUGCACCACAGCCAGCUCCCAGCCCAGCACCCCCUACAACCUCCAUCCCUUCCUCUGCCCAGCCUGCUGAGCCCCAGCCGCCCCCCAGUGGUCCUCACACCUCACCUCCCCGCCCGCCAGGCCAGCCCCCCACGGCCCACUCCAGCACCACCCCAACACUCCACGAGCCUAGUGCCCCUCUACCUGAGGAUACACACCACUCCUCAGCCCCAGUUCCCCCUCCACAGUGAAAAGAGAGGGAAGAAGAGAGUGAGAGAAAGGGUCCUGGCAAACUGAAUGACAUUGACCACUUUGUACCUAUGAAUCCUGCCUGUUUAAUCUAAAAAUGAAGAAGUCAAACUGAAGGACAUAUAACAAACUUCGAUCAUGUUUAACAUUUUGAACGAUUUACAUGAGAAAGAAAAGCAAAACAAAAACAUUUCACUGAAGUCUACCUUACCUUACCAGAGUGAAUAUAAAGAUCCCCUUCAACUAAACAAGAAAAUACCAAUGAAGAACUUUAUCGGUUUUCAAACUAACAGUCCCCCAGGCAUUUUUUCAGACAUAAAUUGCCUAAUGACUUUCACCUUUCGCAUCAGAGCCCAAGGUUAAACCAAGAGAGUAUGGUCAUGUAAAUACACCACUUGACCUGAGGAUAUGAAGAGAACUAAAAGGCUCUUGUCUGAGCAGUCCUUUGAUCAGUGGUGCUUUGGUGCUUUCGUUUCCUGUUAAAGUUUACUGUAGUCAGAUGUCCUACCAUGUUCCCAGAGGUACCUACCUACCUAUUCACCCACGGUACCCCUGGUAGGAAUUUAUAAAAGAGGAAAAAAAAGAUUUGCACUUUGAAAAGAUGUUUCCCCGGUGGCCAUAUCUAGAGACAUGAAGCAUUAUUAAUGGCUCUAUUCAAUAGGCGUUGCAGAAGUUCAGCGUUACAGUGUGAUUUAAAUGUAAAGGCAAUGUUAGCAGAGACGGCAUUCACAGUAAACACUGCAUAUGUCAGCUCAAUCAGAAAUGACCUUUACAUUGCUAUUGCGCAAUCUGUAACACUUCAGCAAUACAGAUUGAAUAGAGUCCUAACUCAAUUGACCUGAAGCACUUAGCUGCUCUUGUUUUGAACUUUUACUACGACGUCAUAGUUUCCAAAUAUGAGAUUCUCAGUUCUAGGUCACCUUAUUUCAUUGGUUUGGCUGCUUGUUGCCCUAUGUGUGUGAAUGUGCUGUUAUAGAGCAUUGGGGUUGGGCUGUUGGUUAGAUGUAUCGUAAACUGAAACAAAGUAUGUGUUAGGGAAAUGAAAAAGGAUGAACGAAUGGUAUUACUCUUUUGUAAUGAUAUGUAUUCCACGUGGAAACCGUCUCAUCUUGCCCUACUGCCAUUUGUUAUUAAGACUAUGUACUGUAAACUGGAUUUUCUGUUACGAAUGUUUCAUUCCAAUUGGAACAGAAAAUCCCUCCAUGACUGAGCAUUAGAAACCACUUAAAGUAUUGAUGAAGGGCCACACCCCCAGAGUCAGUGUCCUCUAGGACACAAUGUCCUAAAAGGACUUAUUUGAACUCUAUUUUGGGCUCGGAUUCAAUCCAUAUAGCAAAAGUUUAGCGUUACAGUGUGAUUGAAAUGUAAAGGCAAUGUUAGCAGAGACGGCAUUCACAGUAAACACUGCAUAUGUCAGCUCAAUCAGAAAUGACCUUUACAUUGCUAUCGCGCAAUCUGUAACACUUCAGCAAUACAGAUUGAAUAGAGCGCUUUGUUUUUAAAGUUUAACAUCUGAAGCACUUCUGAAACAGUUGCACAUGCUCAGAGCAGAGCAUAAUCAUAAGCCAAGCAGUAACUGCACAAAUAAGAUGGUGUUUGUCAGUAUGUCCAGUAUGGCUAGUCAGUAUCAGUGAAUCAUACCAUUGUAGAGAUUAUACUCUAAAACAAUGACUGGAUAUAGCUCCGGAAGAACCUUAUUGGCAACUUCAAAGAUAGCAGGUGUCACCUCACCAUCACAACUCUGUUCAUUUUUUUAGGUUUGCAAUUUUCUCCAUAUGAGUUUGUGGGAUGUGGACAUUUGGAAAUCCACUGAUUUUUAUAGUUUGUUUUGUGUUUUCCAAUAACCUGUCCAACUCGCAUGAAGCUGUUAGUAUGUGAUGGAAGUGGCUUUAAUGUUACAAAAUAACUUUCUAAAUCAAGGAAUCUGAGAAGUCAGUUCAGCUUACAGAGGAGAAUUGUGUCCUUUAAUAUCUGUAAACAAUAUCUUCUCUAUGUAUCCUAUCUAUUUUUAUAAUAGUUGACUGUCAGGUUUUCCAUUUUUGUUUCUUUGAUAUUAUUGUUUGCAUUUUAUUGCUGUAUUUUAUUAUCUAUGUAACCUCUAAUGCCCUCCCUCAUUGUCAUGUGCGGGAUCCUGAUAGGCCUCCAUGACCUUUCAAUCGGUGUGACUGUGAGCAUGGGUGUGUUUUCCCCACUGUUCCUUCAGUUCAGUUUCAUCUAACCCCCUUGUGCCAUUGUUUUUGAAUUGUUACAACGGCUGAGGAAUUGGGAUGCUCAUUGUUCUCAUACAGAAGUAGAACAUGAUGACACAGCAACACAUUACACAAACCCACUCCUCUGACAGUGUCAUACAUAUACUCUGAUAAUACAACUUGUGUCCAGAUAGCCAGUGUUAGAAACUUCACUACAGUCGUGACCAUGGAUGGACUGCUUUGGUCUCUGUUAUUGCAUUGUGUGGAUUUCGUGAUAUGAAAUACGUGUGUAUGUUCAGUUUCUUGUUUCUGUUUGUUUUUCAUGAUUGCUAACGAUAGCAAUGAUUGCAUUGAUUAUACAGUAGAAAUGAACCUUUCCUCAGUCAAACACUUGCCAAAUGAGUGUCAACAGUUGCUCUGCCGUUCGUAUUGAAUUAAAAUAUAUAUAUAUGCGAAGGUUUUACUUACAUUUUGGGGGGGAAAGUCAAAUAAAUGAAGAUGACGUGA